ACAAUCGCUGGUUACCAACAUCAUGGAGUGUCCCGCCCCUCUAAAGGAGGCGGUGUUUCGAUUCUUGUGCGUGAAGAUCUGCCAGUAGAAGUAGGACUCACCGUAGUUGCAAGCAUUGAGCAUGCUCAUGCAACGAUCCACAUGUCAGAAGGUCUGGCGCUCACAGUGAUGUCAGCAUAUUCUUCCCUUCUGGGGAGAUCAUACACAACUUCGCAACUAGACACGCUUUUGACGACAAGCGGACCUCACCCCAUUGGUGCAGAUGCUAAUGCGCAUGCAAUGGCAUGGGAUCGCGCUAUCCCCAGAUACCCGUGGCGAUGUGCUAGUACAAUGGCGCCUAGAUAA